CUUACAACAUGUGCGUCAUUAAAUAGCAAUUUCAACUAUUUUCAACUAACUUAAUUGAACUAAUCGUCACGCAAAAUGGGCGUAUUGAUGCUCCUGAUUAUGGGUAACUCGCCUGGCAAAUGUUCAGUCAAGGAAACUUCACAUUAAAUUUCGCUCUGGCACUGGCAAAAGAUAUUGUAGCAUUGAGAAGCAGAGCAUUGUCCAAUGUCUAUAAUGUAUAGUAUGAACCACGCGUUUUAUUUUGUAUCUAAUGGGUGAAAAAUUCUUCCCAAACUCUUUGUCCUCAGCAAGCUGACAAUAGGCGGGACCAUGAAUUCACAGGUUAGAGCACGAUAAACCUACCCUCAUCUAAUCAGAUACCACAUCUUAGACUGUAAUGUAACCUAUCACGGGGAAAUUAUCAUUUUCAACAGAAUGAAGAGGGUGACUUGUUUUUCAACAGAAUGUAAUGGUAUCUGAGCAUAGGGUUUCCUCACGAAAUCGUCACAUAGGCUAGGACAUAAAUGUUUGCCUGCGAGAGACAGACCCAAUGGUUUCAGUGAACUCCCGCUUGCAGUCGGGCAAAUACCCGCGCUCAGACUGAGCACACAGCUGCGCAUUCAGAUACACCGCCGCACGAGCCCACAUUCUCACAGGGAGAGAGAGAGCGCGAAAGACAGAGAUCGAGCUCACUGCCCAGAGAGCUCGCAGACACCCUCUGUCGGAGAGGAAAGCGACCUCCCUCUGCUUGACUAACGACUUAAGGCUCCUCCUGGAAAUCUCGAAGUCGGAGCAGAGUCGCAAGUAGUCGGUCACAGGUAUUCAAGGGCAGCAGAGAGAUAUCCGGUGAAACACCGGCUCCAACCUGCGAGACCAAUCCCGGCGGACGGACGGCGACACCUGUGAAGAGUUGCUGUUACCCCCGCGUCUGGGGCGAAACUCCGCGACGCUACGGAGAUGGAUAAAGUUCUGACUUGUUUCUUUACUGCUGUCAGUUUGCUGGUCUCGGUCAGGGGACAAGUGUUCAAAGGUGACUGCAACUUUGAGCGGCCCUACUCCUCCUGUGGCUACAGUCAGGGACGCGACGAUGACCUGGACUGGGAACAGGCCAACACCCUGGAGAAGCCACCUACAGACCAAUGGAUGCCCACAGGCUCUGCCUUCAUGAUGGUGAACACAUCGGGGCGUUUUGGGGGGCAGAAGGCUUUGUUGCUCUCUCCCCAGCUGAAGGAGAACGACACCCACUGCGUGCUCUUCCAGUACAAAGUGUCAGGCCGCGAGGGCAGCAGCCCAGGGCACCUGAACGUCUACGUGAAGGAGAACGGCAGCCCGCUGGGCAUGCCCGUGUGGAACACCUCCGGCCCACCCUCACGCAGCUGGGCACAGGUGGAGCUGGCCAUCAGCAUUUACUGGCCCAACUUCUACCAGAUCGUGUUUGAGGUCGUCACCUCUGGACGCAAUGGCCUGAUUGCUAUUAAGAAUGUGGUUAUCCUAGGACAUCAAUGCAUGAGCACACCUCAUUUCCAGACCAUCAAAGGCGUGGAGGUGAACGCAGGGCAGACAGCGACAUUUCACUGCACUGUAAAUGGCCUUCACAAAGAUAACUUCUACCUCUGGCUACAGGGCAUCAGUGGGCGAGAGGCCCCCAUGAAGGCCACUAAGCCCUGGAACAACCAGCGCUUCAUCGGGACGUUUGAUGUAGAGAACACCACCAAAGGAGACUCCGGACGCUACCGCUGCAUAGUGCAUUCUGGGACAGGGGUGGGGGUGACCAACUAUGGAGAUCUUACUAUAAAACAGCCCCCCGUCCCCAUCGCCCCUCCCCAGCUGACAGCGGUGGGCGCCACCUACCUGUGGAUCCAGCUGAAUGCCAACUCCAUCAAUGGCGACGGCCCCAUCGUGAACCGUGAGGUGGAGUACCGGACCCUGAGCGGGAGCAUGUAUGACCUGCAGCUUGUGGACAAGGCCACGCACAAGAUUGGCCACCUGAACCCCGACACCGAGUACGAGAUCAGCGUGCUGCUCACCAGGCCCCUGGAGGGAGGCACCGGAGCACCGGGACCCCCCCUCAGGGCAAAGACCAAGUGUGCAGAGCCCAUGCAGGGCCCGCGUCAUGUGGAGGUCGUGGACGUGCAGGCCAGGCAGGUCACCGUGCGCUGGGAGCCGUUUGGCUACAACGUCACGCGCUGUCACAGCUACAACCUGACGGUGCAGUACCGGGAACGUGUGAGAGGAGGCGCCGGCGAGCAGGAGCAGCAGAACCGGGAGGAGCUGUGCCUGGACACACUGAGCAGCGCACCGCAGCACACCAUCCACAACCUUACACCCUUCACCAACCUCAGCCUCCGACUGCUGCUCCGGAACCCUGAGGGGAGCAAGGAGUCUGCAGAGAUCCACCUUCAGACAGACGAGGACGUCCCUGGUGCCGUGCCUCUGGACUCCAUCCAGGCCAGUGCGUAUGAGGAGAAGAUCAUCCUGAAGUGGAGGGAGCCGACUCAGACGUACGGAGUCAUUACUCAGUAUGAGAUCUCCUAUAAGGCAGUGAGCUCUUUCGACCUGGGCCUGGAUCUGUCCAAUCAGAGCGGCAGGGUGGUGAAGCAGGGCAAUGAGACGUCCCAUGUGUUCCUGGGGCUCUACCCCGGCUCCACCUACUCCUUCACACUGAGAGCUAGCAGUGUCAAGGGCUAUGGGCCCCCCGCCAUCACCCAGGCCACCACACGCAUAUCAGCUCCUUCUAUGCCUGCCUACGAUCAAGAGACGUCCAUCAACCAGACUGACAGCACUGUGACUAUUCUCCUGAAGCCAGCCAAGAGCAGAGGAGCUCCAAUCAGUCUGUAUCAGGUGGUGGUGGAGGAGGAGCGUCCUCGGCGGAGCCGUGGGGCUGCUGAGAUUCUCCGCUGCUACCCGCUGCCUGUGCACUUCCUCAAUGCCAGUCAGCCGGGCUCGCACUACUACUUCAGUGCCCAGUUCCCCGCCAGCCAGCUGCAGAGCCCCCGCUCCUUCAUCGUGGGCGACAACAAGACAUACAGCGGCUUCUGGAACGCACCGCUGCUGCCCCACAAGAGUUACAGCAUUUACUACCAGGCAGUCAGCACAGCCAACGGGGAGACUAAAAUAGACUGUGUGCGAGUCGCCACCAAAGCUGCUAUCCUGCUGACUCAGCUCACUACUCCAUAUCUGCGUGUGGCUCCUGCUGCCGGUGACAACCAGUUAACAGGUGCGGCCACCCAUAAGCCAGACGCUGUGGAACCAGAGAAGCAGACUGACCACACAGUGAAGAUUGCUGGGGUCAUCGCCGGGAUCUUGCUCUUCGUCAUCAUCUUCCUUGGUGUGGUGCUCCUCAUGAAGAAAAGAAGACACUAUCAGUCCUACACUUACUACCUGAAGCUGGCUAAGAAGCGUAAGGAGACCUUGAGCAGCACUCGGCAGGAGAUGACCGUGAUGGUGAACUCCAUGGACAAGAGCUACACAGAGCAGGGCACCAGCUGUGAUGAUGCUCUCUCCUUUAUGGACACACACACCCUCAACACCAACUCCAGAAGCACCGCAUCACCCUCCUCUUUCACUUUGAAGAGCAACACUCUCAGUAAAACACUACCCAACUCUUAUUACCCAGAUCCAUUUGUGCCGACUGCCAUCUUAGUGCCCAUUAAUGACGAGAGCCAGACGAUGGGCAGUGACACCAGUAGCCUGGUGCAGUCGCACUCGCACUCGCUGACACACACCUUUAAGAAGCAGCGUGAGCGUGAUCGGGACGGAGCAGUGGAGGGCGUCUCUUACCAGACAGGCCAGCUGCACCCUGCCAUCCGCGUGGCCGACCUCCUGCAGCACAUCACCCAGAUGAAGUGCUCCGAAGGAUACGGCUUCAAGGAGGAGUACGAGAUUAACGAGAGCUUCUUUGAAGGACAGUCCGCUCCAUGGGAUUCCGCAAAGAAGGACGAAAAUCGGAUGAAGAAUCGCUAUGGAAACAUCAUUGCAUAUGAUCACUCCCGCGUACGCCUGCAGGCCCUGGAGGGGGAGCAGAGUUCUGAUUACAUUAAUGCAAAUUACGUUGAUGGCUACCACAGGCCAAACCAUUACAUCGCAACACAAGGACCCAUGCAGGAGACAGUGAUUGACUUCUGGAGGAUGGUGUGGCAAGAGAACACAGCUACCAUCGUCAUGGUGACCAACCUGGUUGAAGUUGGCAGGGUGAAGUGCUGUAAGUACUGGCCUGAUGACACUGAGGUGUACAGGGACAUGAAGGUGACUCUGAUUGAGACGCAGCUCUUGUCUGAGUACGUCAUCAGGACCUUUGCUGUUGAAAAGAGGGGAGCUCAUGAGAUUCGGGAGAUCCAUCUGUUCCACUUCACGGGGUGGCCGGACCAUGGUGUUCCCUACCACGCCACUGGGCUGCUGGGCUUCGUCCGGCGGGUGAAGGCCAAGAACCCUGCCAACGCUGGCCCCAUGGUGGUGCACUGCAGUGCGGGGGCUGGCCGGACUGGCUGCUUCGUUGUGAUUGACAUCAUGCUGGAUAUGGCGGAGAGAGAGGGCGUGGUCGACAUCUACAACUGUGUGAGAGAGCUAAGAUCACGGCGCGUCAACAUGGUACAGACAGAGGAGCAGUACGUCUUCAUCCACGACGCCAUCCUGGAGGCGUGCCUCUGUGGUGACACCACCAUUCCAGCCAAUCAGCUGCGCUCCAUCUACUACGAGAUGAACCGAUUGGACCCCCAAACCAACUCCAGUCAGAUCAAGGAGGAGUUCAGGACGCUGAAUAUGGUGACUCCAACACUGCGUGUGGAGGACUGCAGCAUUGCUCUGCUCCCACGGAACCAUGAGAAGAACCGCUGCAUGGACGUUCUCCCACCUGACCGCUGUCUUCCCUUCCUCAUCACCAUCGAUGGAGAGAGCAGCAACUACAUCAAUGCAGCACUUAUGGAUAGCUACAAGCAGCCAUCUGCAUUCAUUGUUACCCAGCAUCCCUUGCCAAACACAGUGAAAGACUUCUGGAGGCUGGUGUUGGACUACCACUGUAGUUCCAUCGUCAUGCUCAACGACGUUGACCCAGCUCAGCUGUGUCCUCAGUAUUGGCCAGAGAAUGGGGUACAUCGCCACGGUCCGCUGCAGGUGGAGUUUGUGUCGGCUGAUCUGGAAGAGGACGUCAUCAGCAGAAUAUUCCGCAUCUACAAUGCAGCACGGCCUCAGGACGGCUAUCGGAUGGUGCAGCAGUUCCAGUUCCUGGGCUGGCCCAUGUACCGCGACACACCCGUGUCCAAACGCUCCCUCCUCAAACUCAUCCACCAAGUGGACAAGUGGCAGGAUGAGUACGAUGGAGGAGAGGGACGCACCGUAGUACACUGCCUGAAUGGUGGUGGUCGCAGCGGGACCUUCUGUGCCAUCAGCAUUGUGAGUGAGAUGCUGCGACACCAGCGCGCUGUGGACGUGUUCAACGCCGUCAAGACGCUACGCAACAACAAACCCAACAUGGUGGACAUGCUGGACCAGUACAAGUUCUGCUAUGAGGUGGCCCUGGAGUAUUUGAGUUCUGGGUAAAACCCCAGGACAACGCUGAAGGAACAGAAGAGUUCAGGGGCCUGGACGUGAUCUGACCGAAGGGGUUACUUGUGUGUGUGUGUGUGUGUGUGUGUGUGUGUGUGUGUGUGUGUAGAAAAAACACUCUCUUCUGACAGAUGUUGUAAUAACUGUGUUUACAGUGUGUAUAUCUCUCCGACCAUCUCGCUUUUGGACUCGUAGCUUAUCCGUCCACGUCCCCAUCUGUCCCUCCUGGCUCAUUUGAACUGUGGAGGAGAAAGCACAACUACCCCGUGGAGGAGCGCCCCUGCUCCCUCUGACCCCCGACCCUUAGCCCCUAACCUCUGACCUCGGAGGUCAUCAUCGUCGCCUUCAUGCUCAGUGGAUUGUGCAGUGUCACAUUCUGUGCCACAAAUGGUGAUUUCGCAAGUUUAAAGUGCUUUGAAGGAUAUUUUUGCAACAGUCGAGAGCUUAACUGUAACAUUGUGGUUUUAAAUAUUUUAAAUAAUCAUGAUGAAAGUGAUUACCUUGCUUUGCUGAUUGUCACCUUCAAGUAUCCAAAGCAUCUGCCUAUCCAACUGUUUUCUCUUCCUUUUCUGUUUUUUUUCUUUGCUCUGCGCUACCAUUGUGAAUACUCACCAUUGUGUUAAUACUGUAAAUAUUUAGCUUUUAUGAGAUUAUUUAUUCAUUUGUGUAUUUAGCUUUUUUUUCAGAUUGUUUGUUUGUGUGUGUGUGUGUGUGUGUGUGUGACAGAGAGUACAUGCGCGUGAGAAACAGUGACAAUCAUGCUUAUGGGUUUGAUGAAUUCUAUUGCCCAGAUGGUUUUGUCAGCUUUUUAUUCAUCUCAUUUAAAGAAAUGUUCAUGAACCAAUAUAUGAUAUGUAUGGAUUUGCA